UGGUUGGUUUAAAAGCUAUCGCGAGAAAUUGAAGGGGUAUUGUUUUAAUGACAGUUAAGCGUUAUCUUCCGUUUGCUGUAGCAAUAAAUACUUUCUGCAGCCUACAACAACCACAUUAAUUAUAUUUUAUAGUCUUCAUACAGUACCAAAUGGCUAAGGUAGAACUCACACCGCUGCGACCCUGGGACGAUUUCUUCCCAGGUUCUGACCGAUUUGCUAAACCAGACGUGAGAGAUUUACCUAAAUGGAACAACAGGGUUGUCAACAACUUGCUUUACUAUCAGACAAACUAUUUGGCAAUGGCUAUCAUGGUUUUCCUUAUUGUGGGGUUCCUGAACCCUAUGGAGAUGUUCAUGGGCAUGGCGGUGGUGUCGCUGGUCUUCCUGGGCUCAGUGUGGGCUGGAGAGAAUAAGGCCAUGGUCAAGGACUUUAAGAGGCAGAACCCCACAUUAUUUGUCAUGGCAGUAAUGGUCGCCAGCUACUUCCUCAUGUCUCUCUUCGAUGGUGUCAUGGUCUUCAUAUUUGGGAUCACAUUUCCUCUUCUCUUGAUCUUUGCACACGCCUCAUUUCGCCUUCGCAACAUGAAGAAUAAACUGGAGAAUAAGAUGGAGGGGGCGGGGCUAAAGAAGUCACCAAUAGGUAUUCUACUGGAUGCACUGGGCCAGCAGGAAGAGAGUCUGCAAAAGAUCCAGGAAUUCCUGGAGGGAAAACUAAAGGAAGGAUGAGAACUCCACACAGACACACGCCACAGUCCCUGUGUUGUCGUAGGUCCCCUAUCAGCCUCCUUGGCCUCUGACGGAUGGGAAAGCAUUCCUUUGCACACCCCCUUUUAACGUGCAGUCUCAUUGCAUGCAGUCAAUGUUGAAUAGGAAUGAUUGUAAUACAUCUCAGCUUGUUUGAAAACUUCAGCUACAAACCGUAUAGCCUAUUGCACAUGCAGGUGUGUGUGUGUUUAGACUAGAGAACAUGUGUUGAAAACACAAGCGUUAGUUUUACCUCAGGAUAUGUGUUAUUCCACCCAGAACUUGUCAGGGCACUUCUUUCAAGUAGUGAUGUCAGCAACACAAUUGUCUCACAUCCAUGCUAUGCAAACAAGUUGCAAAUGAGUCUUCCCUGUUGAAUGUAUUUGUGUGUGUAGGUGGGCAAAUGUUUCCAAAUCCUAUCUGCAAUAUUUAUACAACCUAUUUAUAUUUUGUGACUUUUGUAAAUAUAACAAGUGAAAAUAUUGUGGUGUUAAAAGCAAAACUGUGACCUGACUGAUUGAGGUCACUUGGUUUUAAAAAUAAACGAACAGAACUAUGUUUAUUGUUCCAUGAAUGAAUUCACAAUUAUCUCGCAAAUUAAGCAGUAGGGAAUGAGCUUUUUAAAGUGCUGUGCAUUCCCACUUUUAUUGAUGCAAACAUUGCAAUGUGAAAAUGCUGAUUUGUGGAGAGUAGAACUUUGCUACUAAGCUUUAGUACUUUUCUUAUUGGUCUCAGUCCUCAACAAAGGAUCUGGAGGUGUUUAAUCUAUGCUUAAUUAUUUUCAAUUAAGAGAAACAACAGCCUUGCCUAUGAAUGAGAAAUUGUGAAAUCACUGUAAAUUAUUAGUUGUGAAUUUUUGUUUUUAACAAAUGUUAAAUAAACAUCAUUGCUAAACUA